CCGGCGGGCUUGUUGCCCAGCUGGUCGGCUGUCGAUUGGAGGCCCCGGCUCGGCGCGCGCGGAGCUCGAUUGGCGCUGCCUGCGGGGGAGGAGCGCCGCUGCCGCUGCCGCCGCCGCCGCUGCCGCCGCCGCCGCCGCCGCGGGCUCCGUGAGUGAGGAAGCGCUUCGGUCAGGCCUGCUGAGGGCCGUCGCCGACGCCUGGGCUCACCCGCCGCCCCGCCAGCUCCGCUCGCUUCCCGUCUCCCGCGGCCCGGCGCGGGGGCAGGCCUGCCGGGGCCAUGGAGGACGAGGUGGUCCGCAUUGCCAAGAAGAUGGACAAGAUGGUGCAGAAGAAGAACGCGGCUGGAGCAUUGGAUUUACUGAAGGAGCUUAAGAAUAUUCCCAUGACCUUGGAAUUAUUACAGUCCACAAGAAUCGGAAUGUCAGUGAAUGCUAUUCGCAAGCAGAGCACAGAUGAAGAAGUUACAUCUUUAGCAAAGUCCCUCAUCAAAUCCUGGAAAAAGUUAUUAGAUGGACCAUCAACAGAUAAAGACUCUGAAGAAAAGAAAAAAGAUACUGCAGUUACAUCACAGAAUAGCCCUGAAGCAAGAGAAGAAAGUAGCUCCAGUGGCAACGUAAGCAGCAGAAAGGAUGAGACAAAUGCCCGAGACACUUACGUUUCAUCUUUUCCUCGGGCACCAAGCACUUCUGAUUCUGUGCGGUUAAAGUGUAGGGAGAUGCUCGCUGCGGCUCUCCGAACGGGAGAUGACUACAUCGCUAUUGGAGCUGAUGAGGAAGAAUUAGGAUCUCAAAUCGAGGAAGCUAUCUAUCAAGAAAUAAGGAAUACGGACAUGAAAUACAAAAAUAGAGUACGAAGUAGGAUAUCAAAUCUUAAGGAUGCUAAGAAUCCAAAUUUAAGGAAAAAUGUGCUGUGUGGGAAUAUUCCUCCUGACUUAUUUGCUAGAAUGACGGCAGAGGAGAUGGCCAGCGAUGAGCUCAAAGAGAUGCGGAAAAACUUAACCAAAGAAGCCAUCAGAGAGCAUCAGAUGGCCAAGACAGGUGGGACCCAGACGGACUUGUUCACAUGUGGCAAAUGCAAGAAGAAGAACUGCACUUACACACAGGUCCAAACGCGGAGUGCUGAUGAACCGAUGACAACGUUUGUUGUCUGCAACGAGUGUGGAAACCGGUGGAAGUUCUGUUGAGUUGGAAGAAUUGGCAAAAUGUCUGGACCAUUAAGAAAAUGGAUUUUGUAAUUAGCUUUAAGACUAGGCCAACCAACUAGUUUUCCUGCAAAUCAGAUUUUUAAAGUAACAUAUAUCCCUUGGGUUAGUCUCUGUUUUUGACAUAGGAUCCCUUCCUUAAAUGCCUUCUGUAGUUUCAGAGCAGUAAGGAGACCACAUAAUAAUUGUAUGGUAUCUGUUUCAAAACUUUUUUUUCUUUCCAUUUUUAUAAGUAAGUUGAUGUUAAACUUUUGGCAGUUUAUUUUUACCUUUUUUUUUUCCUUCUUAAAGGAAAAUGUACCUUAACUUUUUUACAAUCUGAAACAUACACAGUAAAAAUGUUAUUCUUCUCAGUUAAUACACAAAUGGAAAUUACAUUUUUUUCCUAUAUUGGCAUGUACCUGCAAAUAUUAAAAGAGGAGAAGAGGUAAUGUCAUUAUAAGUUUAUCAAACAUGGUGUGUAUUCAGAUAAUACUUGACCAGCUUAUCUAAAUUGUACAUAAUAUUUCAACUAGCAUAUGAAAUUGAUUUUAAUUAUGUUCACAAGUCUGGGAUAAUUAGUUAUUAUUUUGCAUUUGUAACUAACUGUGAUCCUCAUUUCUUGUAAUUUCUUGUACAUGUUUAUUACUUGUUUGUAAUAGAUUUUACUUUUGGAAACAUGACUUGACUUUGUUGAAA